AUGGCCCCUGUAAUAGUCAUCCCAUACAUUGUUCUUAAUGUUGUGUUCAAGAGCAGUGAAUUCAAGUUGGGACUGGCUAGUGGACAGGAAGGAUAUAGAGAAAAUCAGAGGUAUAGAUUUGUGUUUCAGGAAUCUCAAGCUUCUGGACUGCCUGAGUACAUAAAGAUUGUAGAAGUUGGGCCAAGAGAUGGAUUACAAAAUGAAAAGGUGAUAGUCCCAACUGAUAUCAAAAUUGAGUUAAUUAACCGGCUUUCCAGAACAGGGCUGCCUGCAAUAGAAGCAACCAGUUUUGUUUCAUCCAAAUGGGUCCCUCAGAUGGCAGAUCAUAAAGAAGUAAUGAAGGGCAUUGAGCGGCAUCCUGGAGUCCAAUAUCCUGUUCUCACACCUAAUCUUCAAGGUUUUCAUUCUGCUAUUGCAGCAGGGGCUACAGAAGUGUCAGUAUUUGGUGCAGCAUCUGAAUCCUUUAGCAAAAUGAAUAUUAAUUGUUCAAUUGAAGAAAGUAUGGAAAAAUUUGAAGAAAUCAUUAAAUCUGCAAGGAUUAUGAAUAUUCCAGUGCGUGGGUAUGUGUCAUGUGCAUUGGGAUGCCCAUAUGAAGGAAACAUAACACCAGCUAAAGUGGCAGAAGUAUCUAAGCGGCUGUACAGUGUGGGCUGUUAUGAAAUCUCCUUGGGGGACACAAUUGGUGUGGGGACUCCUGGAAGUAUGAAAAGAAUGUUGGAAGCUGUUAUGAAAGAAAUUCCUCUGAGUGCCCUUGCAGUUCACUGUCAUGACACAUAUGGCCAGGCACUAGCCAAUAUCCUCACAGCCAUACAGAUGGGAGUUACUGUAGUGGAUUCAUCAGUUGCAGGACUGGGUGGUUGUCCCUAUGCAAAAGGUGCUACUGGAAAUGUAGCCACAGAGGAUGUGAUCUACAUGCUUAAUGGCCUGGGGAUCAAUACAGGAGUAAAUCUUUAUACAGUGAUGGAAGCGGGAGACUUCAUCUGUACAGCUUUGAACAAGAAAACAAACUCAAAGGUUGCACAAGCUUCCUUCAAUACUGGAGCUAUCAAUUAGAUGGAGGGGGUUUUUUUGCAGGUGAACUACAUUCCACAUCUACCAAGGAAAAUUACAUCAAGAAAUCCAAUAUAAGGAAACCAUUUCAGCAAAGAACCAAAAUAGAACCCGUAUAACUUUUUAUUAUCAGAAGAAUUAUUGUACUGUACUGUCUUGUCAAGAAUUGUCUAAAUUGUAAGUAGGAAAUAAAUUAUUGUAGUACA